CAGAACAACCACCACUUCGACCACUCCAACAACUCCAACCCUCUCUUGAAGACUUUGUAAGUAUGUUUAAUUCUUAAAUGUAACCUAUAUAGGUUACGGUAACACUGCGGAAAGACGUCUGCACAUGCAUUAACCUUGGACUGAAAUUUCUCAAUUACGAUACGUAGUUGUGGGUCUUCAAUGUUUUUUCGUCAACGCUCACGCUUGGUAUAUUGCUUUUCUGUUUUCUCCAUUGCAGUACGCAACAAUGUUUAGCGAAACCUGAGCUUUCGUUGUUUUCAACUAAACUGACUUGCAAAUCACUAGUAACAAUCAAUUCACUGAUAAAUCGAGAUCAUUUAUUUGCUGCCAAGAUUAAUUCUUAGAGAGAAUAAAUCAAGAAUAUAAAACUGGUUUAUUUUUAAAAUGAUUCAGAGAGAGAAAGAAAUAGAUGAAGUUUUGGAAGAAACCCCAGAGGAAGAAACCCCUUUUUAUGAAGAAACCUCUAUUAAUGAAGAGAUAAGGUGUUGCUUGUGGACUUUGUUAAACAUGUCGAACUUACUGUACAGUCCUGUAUGCAUGCUUUCAGAAUAUGCCCAGUAAAUUAGUUACAGUUGCUGUGAUCAUUAAUGCAAUAUAAAAAAUUUACUUAAAACCUGAUUAACAAAUUUAAGCACCUCUAUAUAUAAACCCCCCAUUUACAAGCCCACAGGUUUUAUAUUAUUGGACAGGUACAUAUAUAUUAUUAAAAAUAAUAAAUUAAUGCAUAAAUCCAAAAUUAAAUUAUGUUUCCUCAGUAUUUCUAAAUUGAAUAAAGAUUUUGUACUGUUUUACAUAAACUUUAGCUUUUAUAGGCUAAAACAAACCAUAUCGCCAAAAAUGAUUGCUUAGCAAAUUUGAUCUGUAUCUUAUGGUUUACUAUGGCUCACAUUGUAAAUACGAUAUAGAUCAGCUGUUCCUAUAUGACUUAAAUAAUCAAUGACAAUAAAAAUAACACUGUAAGACAAAUAUCAAAGCUAGCUAUGUAUAAUGUACUGUAAUUACUUGCCAAUAUUCAAUAGCCGAGUGUUUCGCAAUUUCGGUGGUUUAGCUCAUGUUAUCCCAUGUUUUGAAUUUGUUGCUCUUCACCAUUUCAGUCGUUAUAAAAGCAUUGUCAUAAAAGAGGACAUUGUUAUAUCUGAUGAUGAUGAUGAACCUGGUGAGAUAACUCUUGUAGAGAGAAGGUAAUCUAUUUUUGAACUUGCCUACGGGUAGUUUGUUUUGGACUUGAGGAACGUUUUGGCAUGGUUCAUUCGUAAGUUAGCUGAAUUAGUUUUUGGAUGUGCUAUCUUUUUCCCAUUUUUCCCAAUUUUUUUCCACUUUCGGCUCAGAAAUUGUUAUUUUUACCGCGCGUAUGAAAGAAAUCAGAUGUUGUUCUUUACUUUUUAUAUUUACAUGAUCUUUCUCAACUUUCUAGCGUCGGUUAUGUGUCACUGCAGUCUAUUUUGUUAGACAUUCGGUCUAAGGAGGUAGAUGAGUAUUCAUUUGUAAACUAGGUUUUUCUUUAUAUCAAUAACUUCAUUUUUAUUCCUUGUAUUACUCAUAGUGUCAUAUUACCACAAAACAUUUUGCAUUUGUAAAUAUUUAUAAAUUAACUAAUAAGCUUUAGCAAUACUUGUAUGUAAAGUCAUGCUAAUAAAGCCAUUUAAUACUGUUACUGUUAAAAAAAUAAUUUCGAACGCUUUUUGAUAUAAUUAAUGGUAUAAGAAAAAAAUUUUCUUAACCGGCAAAAUUUAGCAUUUAUUGAUCGAAAAAAGGGGUUUGACCCAUGUUGUAACAGCAAUUUGUCCAAAAAAAAUUUAUUUUUUAACCUUAGUUAAACUGAUGUUCGAGCCGAAAAAUUGUUUUGACCCUUUUUUUAAACUCCGGAAAAAAUUACCGCCGCUCGCCAAAAUUUUCUGGAAAAAUAUGGCCCCGGGCCCCCGAAAUUCUCUGAUAGGCCCUGGCUACUAUGUUUUCAAGGACAUGAACUUUGAGAAUAAAUCGACUAGAUUUAGAGUCGCUAGAUAACAACGAUUCCAUAUAUAUAUAAACUAUCUAGGUUUCAUCAAGUUUUAAGAAUUAUAUCUAGAAUUUAGUCUCUACCAAAAUUUAUCAUUCAAUUAAUAUUUUACUAUUAAUAUGACUCAAAAUAUAAACACUUUAAUGAUAUUAUUUUUUUCUUUUUAACUAUUGCAGCUACGAGAAGUAUUCGAGUCGAUUUGGAAUCGCCAGAUUACAAAGAAUCCAGAUAUAUGUAAUUAAAUAGUCUGUUCAACUGUUUCAUCAAGUUUUUGUUAUUACGUUAUACCAGGAAUUUAUCUUCUGUCAUGGCUAGAUGCAAUAUAUAUAUAUAUAUAUAUAUAUAUAUAUAUAUAUAUAUAUAUAUAUAUAUAUAUAUAUAUAUAUAUAUAUAUAUAUAUAUAUAUAUAUAUAUGAAUGGGUGUGAGGUACCAUGUCUGGAUAGUGUAUGAACUUUGCUAUAAGAUUUCUUGAGGCAUAAAGAUACACAAACUAUAUUUUCCAAACGUUUCGCCUUUUACGGCUUCUUCAGUGGAAUGUUUUUUACAAUAAUAUUUCCUCCUAUUUAUAUGAAACUAAUUAAAAUACUAAAUUUACAAUGAGUAUGCUAAUGUAUAUAAAAAUAUGCAAAACAUGCAAUUGAUUUAUUGUCCUGUAGUUUAAAAAUACUAUACAGGGUGUCCCAAAAAAAACGAAAACUAUUGAAAUCGCUUAUUGUUAAAUUUGAAUGCCCUACCAAACAGCUGGACGUAAUGAUGCGUAAAAUAUUGACAAGGUGCAUGUAUUAGAAUUUAGUUAGGAAUAUCUCCUGCUAAAGUGCGCGAUUUUCUGCUCCUGGGAAUUAAAAACAGCUUCUUAAACAGUUUCUUUAUGCAUAAAAUUUACUUAUGUCAAUCAUUUAUGCACUCGUGGGAACCAACAGAGCGCUAAGGCAUUCAAAUUCAAACAAUUAAAUUGCUAUUGGUGAUUUCAAUAGUUUUCGGGUUUUUUGGGACACCCUGUAUAAUGUUAAUAGAUUAAAAUAAUUCAAACAUGCAACUGAUUUGUUGUCCCGUAGUUUAAAGUAAUAUACAAUGUUAAUAGAUUAAAAUAGUUCAAACACUAAUUGUUCUACCAGUACAACCGUUCAUCAAGUCUCCAGAAUGUUUUUGUAUUUCAAAAAAAUAUAAUAAUAUAGCAAAAAAUAUAAUAAAAAUUAAAUUUAUUGUGUUGCCAUGGCAACACUGACUUAAUCGCGAGCCUGCGUUCAGUCACAGAUUCAGUAUUAAUCAAUUACUAAUACUUCAUGUUAAAUCAAUGUUUGGACUAUAAAUUUCUUAACAAAGAAAAUAAAAUAUCCAAAUACCAGUUUAUUAAUUAACAUUCAGAAAUAAAACUGUUUUCCGCCGGUACCGGUGUCGUAUGCAGUGUUUCUUAUGUACGCACACGCUUUCAAAAUGGCUUCCUGUGUGACCUCAAUGUUUUGUUACAAUGUUGUUUUUCUCAAGUAAUUUCUGCUUCAAAUAUAAAACAUGGUGAUAUAAUGACUUUUAUACUUGAAGUAUAUCAUCUAGUAUAUAAUGGGGUAAAAUAUGUAGAAAAUAAGGUUUUGAAAUUUAUUAAAGCUAUAUAUGUUCUUAAACUAAAGGUUUCAUUAUUGGGAAUUUUAAACCUUGUAUGCUAUACACUGGAUGAUAGAAUACUUUCUAUAAUACUUCAGAAAAACUUCAUGUGGUGAUAGAGUUCUGUCCUGGUGGAAACCUACGAAAUUUUUUACUCAACAGUAGAGUCUAUCCUUCAACUGAAAACUCAUCGAAUUAUAUCAACAUGACAUCAACUUUAAAUCAUCGUCAAUUGUUAAAAAUUGCUGUGGAUAUUUCAAACGGAAUGGCUCAUAUUUCUUCUCAGAAGGUAUUUAGUUGUUUUAAUAAUGUGUUUAAUUAUGAAACCAAAUUUUCCAAUCAAUUUAUUAAAUUAUUUGAUUAUUAUUGUGGCAAAACCUUAAAAUGUAUACUAUAGUUUCCUUAAUUCUCAAUAUUAAUUCUUUAGAGAAAGUUUCUCAAAGAAUCAAUAUUUUAUGAGAAUUCAGAAAACUAUAGUAUACAUGCACAUGCAUGCACAAUCACCCAGGUUAAAAAUUUCCUGGUUAUUCUAAAUUAAACCUUGCAUGGGGUAACUUAAUGUUCCUGGUUCAAUAUAUAGUCCGGGGGCCGUUUGGUCGAAAUCCGAUUAUAGCUUAACCCUAAAAUUCAAAGCAAAUUUCCUAACAAUUAGUUUUUUUAAAUUUGGGAAUAUUUCUUUAUAAAUGGAAUGUCUGGAUCAGUAGGAGUUCUUGUUUUAACGUGCAGAAAUAUAUAAACUAAAUAUAUAAAGUAUUUAAACCCAGGGUUUAAUAGUGCUAUAAUCCAGCUUUGAACAACAGGCCCCUGGUUAAUGUAUAUACAGGGUGUUUAAAAAUUUUUAGAAAUCAAGCAUAUUGUUGAAAUUUGAAUGCCAUUUCAAUUGCACAUAUGCUGAACCUUGAUGCGUGAAAUAUUGAUGGAGUGCAUAUAAUAGAAAAAGGAUACCUUUAUAAAUCAACCAUUGUUAUAAUUUGAUCCUGGAGCACUUUGCUAAGCCCACGAGUGCGUAACAUGCGAUCUACGGACAAUAUGCAUUGCAGAUUGUUCCCAGGACCAGACAAUCUUUUGUUUAAACGUUAUUUCAAAUUCUAAAGGUCUCCUUUUUCUGACAUGUGCUCCCCAUCAAUAAUAUUUCACGCACUACGUACGGAUCAGCAUAAUGUACAAUUGAAAAGACAUUCAAAUUUUAACAAUAUGGUUGAUUUCUAAAAAAACCUGAUACCUUCGCGGCUAAUUUGAAUAACAAAGGUGUCAGUUUUUUUACUCACCCUGUAUACCAUUUCCUUUUUGAUGCCUUUUCGUCUUUACAUUCAUUUCUUAAUCCAUGCAUGCGUAGUCAUGCAAAGUCGCUGUGAUUCUUAACGAAUAUUAUUGUAUUAUCAGUUCGUUCAUCGCGAUUUAGCCGCUAGAAAUAUUCUCAUUGGCGAAGGAAAUAUGGCAAAGGUGUCUGAUUUUGGUUUGGCAAGAGAUAUCAGUGCAGCUGAGGAAUACAUACGAAAUAAUCAGGUAUGAAUUAUUUAAUAUCUUACCUUCUGGAAUGGAUACUGGCAUUUUUGUACACGGGCAAGAUCAGCAAUUGAAUUUAAGUUAAUUCAUUAGUAUAUAGCAUACAAUGUACAGUCUUCAACCUGUUAGAGGAUGUUCCGUUUUAUUCCUUAAAUAUACAACCAGUCACAGUGCGACUUUUCAUCCAUCUUCCAUAUAUAGUGGAGUGUAAGAAUUGAAUUUUUUUUCAGGAUUUUAUUCAAGUACCUACUUAAUGCACGGUGUUCAAAUUUUCUGAAUGCCUUGCUGUGAUAUCGGACAUCAAUUUAAAGAUCGAAAUUUAUACAAUUCACGGGAAUUAGUUAAAACACGAUACUGAUACAGGAAAAUAAAAAGUCUUUUCUGAUUUCCCUUAAAAUUAUAGUGUAAUGUCUGGUUUUCACAGUCAACCAAAAAUAAUAAUCUUCAUCAACCAUUAUUGUACCACUUCAUGCAAAUUAUAUAGCCUAACCGCAAUAUCUAAUUAAAAUACGCAGAUAUAGUACUUAUAUAAUAUACAAUUGGGGAAGAUAUAUGUAAGUGUGUCGUUAAAGUUUAGUUUACUUAUUAAGUGGUUAUUCGGUUUUGUAGAAUUUACUUCCUGUCAAAUGGAUGGCAUUGGAAAAUUUACUUCACGGACGUUUUACAACAGCCAGUGAUGUGUAG